AUGUCUUCAGAGGAGGGCAAGAGCCUCAACAGGAUCCUGGAAACUCUGGGUCUCUCCAAAGUCCAAGUCACGCUGGAGAAACCCACGCCGCCAUCCAUGAACUCGGCACUACCGAUCGACCCGGCACUGUCACUUGGUCAGUAUCCGCUUGCACCGGCUCUUCCUGUUGUGCACCCCAUGGCGCCACCGGGCCAGCUGCCCCCCGACUUUGACCUGUCCUUCGACGCAGCCGCUUUUGGUUUCGACGCCGUCCGUCACGGCCACACGCCAGCGGCAUGGGCUCAACCGAGGGAUGCUGCGUCAAAGGUCAUUGCGGACUGGGACUGGAGCCCCCCCGAGAACGGAGACAUCAUCGCUCCCGGCGUCGACGUCGCAAGCGUGCGCGCACCCAGUCAUCCUCUGCUCAGCUCUUACUCGGGAGAGGGCGGCGGUGCGCUGAGCGAUAACGAGAACGACGACAGUGCAUCGGGGACGACGGAGGAAGACCUCGUCAACCAACUGUCAGAUCGGCUGGGAUCUCUGCACAUCGGGCCCAACGGGCAGAUUUCGUACUACGGACCGACAUCAAACUUUAGUCUUGUUGAAAUGCCCGCGGGGAGCGACACGUUGGCGGUCGAUCGGACUGUGCGGAACGACGGGCAGGAGCACCUGGACAUGAUGGGCUACGGCAAGACGAUACCACCGGAUCUGGAAGAGCACCUGAUCAACCUCUACUUUGCAUGGCAGGACCCCUUCUCGCAUAUUGUCGAUCGGACUUUGUACGAAGACGCCAAGUACAAGUGGCUGGAACGGGAGGAAGACACGCCGUAUUAUUCUGAGGCUCUCAGAAACGCAAUGUGUUCUCUCGGCGCUGCCUUCGAGUCUCGGUACCAUCCGAACUUUGUCACGUUUCCCAAGUCUCUGCCCGACUUCUUUGCCGCGCGCGCCAAGACUUUGUUGGAGAUUGAGCUGGACUCGCCCUCGGUGUCGACCGUCCAAGCGAUGGUCGUCCUCAGCAGCCACGAAAUCGGAGCAAAUAGAGACUCCAGGGGCUGGUUGUACAGCGGAAUGGCCAUUCGCCUCGCCUUUGAUUUGGCUCUUCACAAGGACAUGACUCCCUACGUUACAAAGGGUAUCCUAACGCCUGCUGAAGCAGAUCUGCGCCGGGCCGUCUUUUGGGGGACGUAUGUUGUGGACCAAACUCUAGGUUACUACCGGGGCCGGCCGUUCCGCGUCAGCCUCGACGAUAUAACAGUGCAAAAACCGGUCGCUGGCGCUUCAGGUGCUGCAGCUUGGCUGCCUUAUACGUCGCCGCGCAGCAAUGACUCUCCUCCAGCAGCGCUGACAUAUCAUAUCGAGGAUGUAAGCCUCCAGAGAAUAGAGCUGUGCGAGAUCAUGGCUCCUCUUGGACAUACGUUAUACGGCAACUCUAAGAUUCCAAGAAACGUCCUCCAGGAGAAAAACGAGCAGAUUGUCUCCCUGCUCUUCGUCUGGAAAGAGAACCUCCCCGAAGCUCUUCAAGUCGACCUCGAGGAUACCGAAAGAACAUACCUGCCACACGUUCUUCUCCUCCACAUGCAAUACUACCAGAAUGUAAUCCACGCCCACCGCCCCUGGAUGUCCUCCUCCUACCUCCAGCCGCAGCCGCCGCAGGGCCCGGGCUACAUGCACGCGCAGCGCAUGUGCAUCGAGUCCGCCGCUGCCGUCGCCAAGCUCAUCCUGCUCUACGAGAGCCGCUACUCCCUGCGCCGCGUCAAUAUCCAGGGCGUCGCCGUCAUCUUCUCCGCCGCCAUCAUCCUCAUCUUCGCGUCCAUGUCGCGCCGCCGUCGCCGCCGCGCCAAGACCGCUGAGACCGCCACGCACCUGAGCGUGUGCUUCCGCGCGCUCGAAGAGCUGUCCGCCUCGUGGGAGUGCGCCAAGCGCUCGCGCGACUUUCUGCUCAUGCUGCAGCGCAAGUGGGAGCUGAAGUCGCGGAGGCUGAGCGGGGCCGCGGCGGCAGCGGCGAGACGGCCGGGGAUGGGGCCGACGUCGGGUGGUGGGGGGCUGGUGAGGGCGGCGUCUGCGGGAAACCAGUCGAGAAAGAGGGCGAGGACAGACAGUCCUGCGGGGUCAAGAAGCGUGGGCAGCUUUCAGAGCAUAUCGCCGUCGCAGCAGCCGGGAGAUCCGGGUGUGUUGGAUGAGAGGGGGGAGGUCGACCACGAGGGGAUUGAUAUGGAUAUGCGGCUUGACCUCGACUGGGUCUUUGCCGCGGGAGGACAGGCCAUGCCGGGAAGUUGGGAUGGUUUGCUGCCUCCUGACGCGUUGUACUUCAACCACGACGGCCCGGAAUAG